AUGUCUUCUCCUGUAUCAAAAAACCAGCAUCAAAGUUGGACAAAAUCACCAUAUUCAAUUUCGACCGACCCAAACUUGAUUCCAGUCUCAACAUUAAAUGACUGGUACGCUACUGAGGAAGUCUACUGGGCGAAUCCAAUGCCGGAGCAAGUUCUCCGAGAAACGCUUCAAAAUUCCCUCUGCUUCGGUUUAUACAAGUCAAAUCUGCAAUCACCUGGAAUUGCGAAGACGACCAACCCUGCUUCUGAGUUCAUCGGAAUUGCGCGAUGUAUCACAGACUUCACAACAUUCAUUUACCUUACGGAUGUUUUUAUUUUGCCUCUGUACCAAGGCCAUGGGCUAGGAACAUGGUUGGUGGAAUGUGUACAGCAGGUUAUUGAAUCCAUGCCUUACUUGAGGCGGUCUCUGCUGUUUACAGAAGAUUGGAAACGGUCUGUUCCAUUUUACAAGAAGCUGAUGAAAAUGGAGGUGCAUCAACACCAGCCACCAACCGAUGAAAGCGAGGCCAAGGGGCUAGCUGUCUUGAUGCGAAAGGGAAAAGGGAACCCCAGCUACGAAGAAGAGCCAACAUUGUGA